GAUGGAAUAUUAUAUUUUCAAAAUUAUGCAUAUCUAAUAAUAUUUUGAUGGAAUAAAAAGAGAAUUAAAUAGGUUGUUAGGAUUUUAUAUGAAAAAAAAUAAAAUAUAAGCAACUUUCUUGAAAUGGUCUAUUUAAAAUAUCACAUAUAAAAUGGAAGUCAUGAUUUCCAUUUUAAUAGUAUAGAUGCAUGUAUGAACAAAAAAACUCUUAUGUACAUCUGCAAUCACAUAUUUUACAAGUAGAACAAAAUCUCCAAGACACACAUUUGUGCAGCAUAUGUUUACUUUCCAUGGAAAUAUCAUAGUCGAUAAAAUUACAUUUUAUAAAAUUGUUGGUGUCGGUGACUGAUUUUUUUUGGUUAAUUUUUUGUUUGAUUGAAAUGUACCUAAUAUAACUUAAGAACACGAAGAGAUAGGCCAGAUGAUUUAUCAAAAUAUUUCAUAUAUUUUAGAAUUUAUUGGGUUUAGGUUUACAAAUUAUAAAAAGAAAUCUCAUACGAGUGACAAGACGUAUUUAUCUAUAAAUUAUAUUCUUCCAGAUUCAAAUUAAUACAUAAAAAUCUAGAAUACAACACAGUGACGAGUUAUGUUUAAGUUAAUCGAGCUAAAUGAAUGUUGGAACCUCUUUAUAUUAAUGCGAAACCUCAUCUCUAGUCUUUCUAUCUCUAAAACAGUCAACAACCUCAUUUGUCUUCAACUCACUUUCAUUCAUUCCUCUCUAUCUCUCCCCCUCCCAUGGAAGAAACCAAUGGACGAAGAGAAACUCACGACUUCAUGAACGUCAAUGUUGAAUCCUUUUCUCAGCUUCCGUUCAUCCGCCGUACUCCUCCUAAAGAUCAUAAAGGCUCCAAGAUUCGUCUCUUCGGCCAAGAGCUCCUCAAAGAUAACCCUCAACACGAAGACUUCUCUCCAGAUUCUUGUGAAACUAUAACAACCAGGAUCAAAGAUGAGGGCAGCUCUGAGAAUGUCAAGGAAAAGGAAAAAGACAAAAGCAAAAACAGGAGAUUCGAGUGUCACUACUGUUUCAGAAAAUUCCCAACUUCUCAAGCCCUAGGUGGACACCAAAACGCUCACAAACGCGAACGCCAACACGCCAAACGCGGUUCCAUGACCUCAUACCUUAAUCAGCAUCCUGAGCCUCACUACGUCUACGGCUUCCUCAACAACCAUCACUAUCCCUCGUGGACGACAGAAGCUAGAUUCUACGGUGGUGGAGGAGGAGUACAACAGACGCCGUCGUAUUACUCAGGCACUCUUCUUCCUCCUCCUUCUUCUUCUAUCCCACCGACGAUCAACGGAAGCCCUUUAGGUUUCUGGCGUGUACCGCCUUCCACGUCAACAAACGCUAUUCAUGGAGUUUACUCAGCUUCACCAGCUUUAGCGUUUAGGGCCCAUGACCAAGAGAGUAGGGAGCCGACUUGGCCCUACAAAUUGAUGAAACCCAAUGUGAAAGAUCAUGUGAGUCUCGAUCUUCAUCUUUGACACUUCUUUUUGUGUUGGUAUAUCAUUUAAACCUAGCCCUGAUGAAGCAACCAAUUCUUCAUGCUGUGUGAAGACUGAAGAGAACCGGCAGGAUGUGUGGAUCUUGAACUUUUGAGGUUUUAUUUAUUUAUUCUGAGUUCGUGUUAAUAAGGGAAUAAUAUAUGAUUAAAUUUGUAAAAUAUGUUUUUCCAUUUUCCUAUCUCAUGUGUAUGAAUGUUAAUAUAUUAAAAAAUUAUAUAUAUAUAUAUGUUCAUUUUGAGUUCUA